AUGUGCAAGAGCCUUGAGGACAACCAUGACGGCCUCGUUCCAUGGGAUGCGGCAAGCUUGAUGGAACUGGCAAAACCAGAAAUUAGCGUCUCUGUGGCAAACACUGUCAUCCAAGAUGUCUUUGGCAUCUAUGCUGGACCGGUGGUUGACUAUUACUAUGGCACACGGAUGGCGGUUGCUCUCGAUUUAAUCGAUGUUGCAGAGCAUCACUACAACAAGAGAAAGAUCGAUGCAAGGCUCGUUAGUCCAGUCUAUGUCAGGGAGAGCAUCAUGUCUUGGCUCCCACAGGAAGAUUGGAAAGACUUCCACACAGUCUUGGUUAGUGCUGCUCAGAUUCUUGUAGAGCCUCCCAACGACAACCAGGUAGACAAAGUGAAGAAACUUGUUCGGAAGAAGUUUGGUACUGCCGACAAAGUCUUGGUGUUAGGGAUGAUUGAAUCCAUCAUUGAGUACUUCGGCAUUUCAAAUGGAGAAAUCAAUGUUGAUACAUUGGAGGCUCAUGAAACUGCAGCAGCAGCUGCAGCUGCCAUUUCUCCUUCGGGCUGA